GCGGCCCUUUGUGCAGGACGCCUGCGCAGUUCGGCGGCCAAUGCCGAUAUAAAGGCUUGUUUUGCUCCGGGGCUGAUGCUCGGGAGCGUGGUCGAGUGGCUGGCGCGGCCCCCUCCUGGAGCGGGGGUACAGAAGCUUUCCUGCGAAGCCGAGAGUCCCUGCACCCUGGCACUCGGCUGAGAGGCGAUGAAGGAUAUUGACAUAGGGAAGGAGUACAUCAUCCCCAGUCCUGGCUACAGAGACUCCAGGGACACAGCCAGCACUUCCGGGCAGCACAGAGAUGGCCAGGACUCCAGAUACAAGAGGACUCUACCGGUGGAAUGCCACGAUGCCUUGGAGGCCGCAGCCCGCGCCGAGGGCCUGCCCCUGGACGUCUCUGUGCACUCGCAGCUCCGCUUCCUGGACGAGGAGCAUCCCAAGGGGAAGUACCAUCACAGCCUGAGUGCUCUGAAGCCCUUCCGGACCACUGCCAAACACCAGCACCCGGUGGACAACGCGGGGCUCUUCUCCUGCAUGACGUUCUCCUGGCUGUCGCCUCUGGCCCGCCUCGCCCACAGGAAGGGCGAGCUCUCCAUGGACGACGUCUGGCCGGUGUCCAAGCACGAGUCCUGUGAGGUGAACUGCAGGAGACUAGAGAGACUGUGGCAAGAGGAGCUGAAGGAAGCCGGGCCGGAUGCCGCCUCCCUGCGAAGGGUCGUGUGGACCUUCUGCCGCACCAGGCUCAUCCUGUCCAUCCUGUGCCUGAUGAUCACACAGCUGGCUGGCUUCAGUGGACCAGCCUUCGUGGUGAAACGCCUUCUGGAGUACGCCCAGGUGGCGGAUUCUAACCUCAAGUACAGCUUACUGCUGGUCCUGGGCCUGCUCCUCACGGAGAUUGUGCGCUCCUGGUCGCUGGCCCUCACCUGGGCCUUGAACUACCGAACCGGCGUCCGCUUACGGGGGGCCAUCCUCACCAUGGCGUUUAAGAAGAUCCUGAAACUGAAGAAUAUCAAGGAGAAGUCCGUGGGAGAGCUCAUCAACCUUUGCUCCAACGACGGGCAGAGGAUGUUCGAGGCGGCCGCAGUUGGCAGCUUACUGGCUGGAGGACCCGUCGUCGCCAUCCUGGGCAUGGUGUACAAUGUGAUUAUUCUGGGACCCACUGGCUUCCUGGGAUCAGCCGUUUUUAUCCUCUUUUAUCCUGCCAUGAUGUUUGCCUCUCGGGUCACUGCAUAUUUCAGGAGGAAGUGUGUGGCCACCACCGAUGAGCGUGUCCAAAAGAUGAGCGAAGUUGUCACCUACAUUAAAUUUAUUAAGAUGUACGCCUGGGUCAAGGCGUUUUCUCAGAUGGUGCAAAAGAUCCGCGAGGAGGAGCGGCGGAUCCUGGAGAAGGCUGGCUACUUCCAGAGCAUCACCGUGGGCGUGGCGCCCAUCGUCAUGGUGAUCGCCAGCGUGGUGACCUUCUCCGUGCACAUGAAUCUGGGCUUUGACCUGACGGCAGCACAGGCCUUCACAGUGGUGACCGUCUUCAAUUCCAUGACUUUUGCUCUGAAAGUCACUCCAUUCUCGGUGAAAUCCCUCUCGGAAGCAUCCGUUGCUGUUGACAGGUUUAAGAGUUUGUUUCUAAUGGAAGAGGUUCACAUGAUAAAGAAAAAGCCAGCCAGCCCUCACGUCAAGAUAGAGAUGACAAAUGCCACGCUGGCCUGGGACUCCUCCCACGCCAGUAUCCAGAACUCGCCCAAGCUGACCCCAAAAAUGAAAAAAGACAAGAGGGCGGCCCGGGGCAAGAGAGACCAGGGGCGGCAGCGGCAGCACACUGGGCACCAGGAGGUGCUGGCGGAGCAGAAGGGCCACCUCCUGCUGGACAUCGACGAGCGGCCCAGCCCCGAGGAGGAAGGGGGCAAGCACGCGCCCCCGGGGAGCCUCCGCCUGCAAAGGACGCUGUACGGCAUCGACCUGGCAGUUGAAGAGGGGAAGCUGGUUGGCAUCUGUGGCAGUGUAGGGAGUGGCAAGACCUCUCUGAUCUCAGCCAUCUUGGGCCAGAUGACGCUCCUCGAGGGCAGCAUCGCGGUCAACGGCACCUUCGCCUACGUGGCCCAGCAGGCCUGGAUCCUCAAUGCCACACUAAGGGACAACAUCCUCUUCGGGAAGGAGUAUGACGAGGAGAGGUACAACUCCGUGCUGAACAGCUGCUGCCUGAGGCCUGACCUGGCCAUCCUGCCCCACAGCGACCUGACUGAGAUUGGCGAGCGCGGUGCCAACCUGAGUGGAGGGCAGCGCCAGAGGAUCAGCCUUGCCCGGGCCCUGUACAGCGACCGGGACAUCUACAUCCUGGACGACCCCCUUAGUGCCUUAGACGCCCACGUGGGCAACCACAUCUUCAACAGUGCUAUCCAGAAGCACCUCAAGACCAAGACGGUUCUGUUCGUCACCCACCAGUUACAGUACCUGGCGGACUGUGAUGAAGUGAUCUUCAUGAAGGAGGGCUGCAUUACCGAGAGAGGCACCCACGAGGAACUGAUGCACCUGAACGGAGACUACGCCACCAUUUUCAACAACCUGCUGCUGGGAGAGACGCCCCCCGUUGAGAUUAAUUCAAAAAAGGAAACCAAUAGUUCCCAGAAGAAACCACAAGACAAAGGUCCUAAACCCGGAUCAGUGAAGAAGGAGAAGGCAGCGAAGCCAGAGGAAGGGCAGCUCGUGCAAGCGGAAGAGAAGGGGCAGGGCUCCCUGCCCUGGUCAGUGUAUGGGGUCUACAUCCAGGCCGCGGGGGGCCCCCUGGCAUUCCUGUUCAUUCUCUCCCUCUUCAUGCUGAAUGUUGGCAGCACAGCCUUCAGCACCUGGUGGCUGAGUUACUGGAUCAAGCAAGGGAGUGGGAACACCACGGUGACCGAGGGCAACAGGACCAUCGUGAGCAACAGCAUGAAGGACAACCCUCACCUGCACUACUACAUCAGCAUCUAUGCGCUGUCCAUGGUGGUCAUGCUGGUCCUGAAAGCUGUCCGAGGGGUGGUGUUUGUCAAGGGCACCCUGAGAGCCUCCUCCAGGCUCCACGAUGAGCUUUUCUGGAGGAUCCUGAGAAGCCCCAUGAAGUUUUUCGACACGACCCCCACGGGGAGGAUUCUCAACAGGUUUUCCAAAGACAUGGACGAAGUGGACGUGCGCCUGCCCUUCCAGGCCGAGAUGUUCAUCCAGAAUGUCUUUCUGGUCUUCUUCUGCGUGGGCAUGAUCGGGGGCGUGUUCCCUUGGUUCCUCGUGGCCGUGGGGCCCCUCGUCAUCCUCUUUGCAGUGCUGCACGUUGUCUCCAGGGUGCUGAUCCGAGAGCUGAAGCGUCUAGACAACAUUACGCAGUCUCCCUUCCUCUCCCACAUCACGUCCAGCAUCCAGGGGCUGGCCACCAUCCACGCCUACAACAAAGGGCAGGAAUUUCUGCACAGGUACCAGAAGCUCCUGGACAGCAACCAGGGGCCCUUCUUCCUGUUCACCUGUGCGAUGCGGUGGCUGGCCGUGCGGCUGGACCUCAUUAGCAUCGCCCUCAUCACCACCACCGCGCUGAUGAUCGUGCUCAUGCACGGACAGAUCCCGCCGGCCUACUCGGGCCUCGCCAUCUCCUACGCUGUCCAGUUAACCGGGCUGUUCCAGUUCACUGUCAGACUGGCCUCCGAGACCGAAGCUCGCUUCACGUCCGUGGAGAGGAUCAACCACUACAUCAAGACGCUCUCUCUGGAAGCACCUGCCAGGAUUAAGGACAAGGCUCCUUCCCCUGACUGGCCCCAGGAAGGAGAGGUGACCUUUGAGAAUGCGGAAAUGAGGUACCAGGAAAACCUCCCCCUGGUCCUGAAGAAAGUGUCCUUCACCAUCAAACCAAAGGAGAAGAUUGGCAUCGUGGGCCGGACGGGAUCAGGCAAGUCUUCCCUGGGGAUGGCCCUGUUCCGGCUGGUGGAGUUAUGCGGAGGCUGCAUCAAGAUCGACGGGGUGAGGAUCAGUGACAUCGGCCUGGCCGACCUCCGGAGCAAACUCUCCAUCAUCCCGCAGGAGCCGGUGCUGUUCAGCGGCACGGUCAGGUCCAACCUGGAUCCCUUCGCGCAGUACACGGAGGACCAGAUCUGGGACGCCCUGGAGAGGACACACAUGAAAGAAUGUAUUGCUCAGCUACCUCUGAAACUUGAAUCUGAAGUGAUGGAGAAUGGGGAUAACUUCUCAGUGGGGGAACGCCAGCUGCUGUGCAUCGCACGAGCCUUGCUCCGGCACUGUAAGAUUCUGAUUCUCGAUGAAGCCACGGCUGCCAUGGACACGGAGACGGACCUGCUGGUCCAGGAGACCAUCCGGGAGGCAUUCGCCGACUGCACCAUGCUGACCAUCGCCCAUCGGCUACACACAGUCCUGGGCUCUGACAGGAUCAUGGUGCUGGCCCAGGGGCAGGUGGUGGAGUUCGACACCCCCUCGGUCCUGCUGUCCAAUGACAGCUCCCGGUUCUACGCCAUGUUCGCUGCUUCCGAGAACAAGGUCGCUGUCAAGGGCUGAGUCCUCCCGUCUGUGCCCGCCGCCACCCCAGUCUCUGCCCUCUGGAGCAGCGCCCGGGCAGCCGCCCGUGCCCACCGCAGCCUUGCCUUUCCCGACCUUCCCUUCCGCACCGCAGUUCAGGAUCGGCUUGUGUGUGUGUGUGUGUGUGUGUGUGUGUGUGUGUGUGUGUGUGUGUGUGUCACUUUUAGGAAGAGUUCUAUUUUGAUUAUUGUAUUUAUUCCUCAUUUCACGUAAACAGAGUUUAGUUUUCGUCCUUACUUGCACUCUCGAGAGGUUCAGGGAACCGUUAUUAUAAAUGUAUCAGAGGCCUAUAAUGAAGCUUUAUACGUGUAGCUCUAUCUCUAUUAUAAUUCUGUACAUAGCCUAUAUUUACAGUGCAGAUGUGCGCGUUUAUUUUAUAUGAAAAUCGGCACUGUGCUCCUCACAGUGCGGGUUCCUUAUCCUGCCGUACACGUUGCUGUACUGAAGAUGUGGUUUUGCUAUUAGACGGUAGCAAAGCAGCGUUUUGUUCCUAUCUCGUGGUUUCCCCGGGGUGUCCCCAGAAGAAGACACGCGGUCACCGCAGACCCUCUGGAGGGCGGGGCGGGGCUCCCCCGGAGGCCGUGCUGAGCGCCGUGAAUUCUCAGGGCUCCUGCCUUCUGUCCUGAUGUCACUUUCUUGUUUCUGUCAGGAGAGCCGCGGGGCUGAACCCCAGCAGGCACCGCUGUCCCGUCCCACCGCCCCCUUUCUGCUCCCUCCAUCGGGGGAGGGCGGGUUCCUUCCUGCCUUCCUCUCUGGGGUGGUGGUCUCUACCCCCACCCUGGCACACACCGCCCCCACCCUCGAUGCCCACUGGCCACACCCCCAUCACCCCACAGCCCAGCAACAGGGCGCAGAGGAGGGUUCCCCCCCUCGCUCUGGCUGCUCUGUGUCCCCCGUCACCCCUCGCCCUCCAAAGUCUGCGACUUCAAGGAGUUCCUGCUCAUCAGUGUCUCACACUGGUGUCCAAGUCUUUUUUUUUUUUUCCUUUUUUUUGUACUCUAAAGAGACCUACCUCAGGUUGCUGAUGGCCGUGGGGCUCGGGGUGUCCCCUCCCUACACCCCCCCUGCCGGGGGGGGGUGGCCAGUAGCUCAGGUGGGCGUGGUCGCUGCUGUCGUCGGUGGAACGGUCAGUGUUGCAUGUCGUGACCGACUGGACAUCCUGUCGCCUUAGCAUGUUCGCUGAACACCUUGUGGAAGCAGAAGUCUUCAAAAAGUGAAUAAAAUUAUUUUGGAUUUUGUAA